UCUAACUGGAGCUGUGUGUUUUUGUCCGCUCCGCUGUCAAUACCACACUACUAGCCCAAAUAUUAAUGCAAUGCAAUGGGAAUCUAGCGAUCAUGGCUAAGAAUCUAAUUGUGUUAAAUAUUCUCGUCCUGGUUUGCAUAUUUGGAACUUAUGAUGCUUUGUGGUGUAACUGCACCACAGCCCAGUGUGAGAAGACUGGCUCCCAGUGUGAGACAGACGGGGCCUGCAUGGCCUCCACGUCCUUCAUCAAUGGGCUGGAGCAGCACAUCCGUAUCUGCAUCACCCGGGACAAGCUGGUACCCCCGGGCCAGCCCUUCUACUGCCUGAGCGCUGAGGGCCUCCUCUACACACACUGCUGCUACACUAACUACUGCAACAGCCUCGACCUCAAAGUAACCUCUGUGACGUCUCGGCCGGGCCUGGGGGGUGUUUUUGGCCCUGAUGGUAAAUGGGGUCCAGUGGAGCUGGUAGCAGUGGUCGCAGGGCCCGUCUGCCUGCUGUGUGUGCUGCUAAUCAUGGGUGUGUUCCUGUUCCAGUACCACCAGCAAGCCUACAGCCACAGGCAGAGGCUGGAGGUGGAGGACCCCUCCUGUGACCAUCUCUACAUGGCCAAGGACAAGACCCUGCAGGACCUAAUUUACGACAUGUCCACCUCUGGAUCAGGCUCCGGCCUCCCUCUGUUUGUCCAGCGAACAGUAGCCAGGACCAUCGUGCUGCAGGAGAUUAUAGGAAAAGGGCGUUUCGGGGAAGUGUGGCGCGGCCGCUGGAGAGGAGGAGACGUGGCGGUGAAGAUCUUUUCGUCCAGAGAGGAACGCUCCUGGUUCCGCGAGGCUGAGAUCUACCAGACCAUUAUGCUGCGCCACGAAAACAUCCUGGGAUUCAUCGCCGCCGACAACAAAGAUAAUGGCACAUGGACCCAGCUGUGGCUGGUGUCAGACUACCACGAGUAUGGCUCUCUGUUUGACUACCUGAACCGUUACUCCAUCACCAUCGAGGGAAUGAUCAAACUGGCACUGUCUGCUGCCAGCGGCCUGGCACACCUGCACAUGGAGAUCCUGGGCACACAGGGUAAGCCUGGUAUUGCCCACCGGGACCUCAAGUCUAAGAACAUCCUAGUGAAGAAAAACAGUACCUGUGCCAUUGCUGACCUUGGGCUGGCCGUGCGCCAUGAGUCCACCACCGACACCAUAGACAUCGCCCCCAACCAGAGAGUGGGCACAAAGAGGUACAUGGCCCCUGAGGUUCUGGAUGAGAGCAUCAACAUGAGGCAUUUUGAUUCGUUUAAGUGUGCAGACAUCUACGCUCUGGGCCUGGUUUACUGGGAGAUCGCACGCCGCUGCAACGCUGGAGGUAUCCAUGAGGAGUACCAGCUACCGUACUUUGACCUCGUGCCCUCUGACCCCUCCAUAGAGGAGAUGAGGAAGCUGGUGUGUGACCAGAAGCUACGGCCCAACGUGCCCAACUGGUGGCAGAGCUACGAGACCCUGCGUGUGAUGGGGAAGAUCAUGAGGGAGUGUUGGUACGCCAACGGAGCCGCCCGCCUCACCGCCCUGCGCAUCAAGAAGACCCUGUCCCAGCUGAGUGUCCAGGAGGACAUCAAAGUCUGAGAGGGCCCUAUCUCAAAGACCUGAGGAGAGCACUGGGGACUCUGUCCUGCACUAAAAAAAAUACUGAGAGAGAUAGAGGAACAGUGUCUUUUCAAAGAACGCACAAGCUAACGACAGAAAAUGUAAACAAACAAAAUAACAUCACAUGACUCUCCUGACAGUUUUUUUUAAAGCCACCUCCGCCUGAGUUGUGACAAACCCUACCUCGUCUAUUCAGCCAAAACUACUGGCAACCCCUGUCCAUUCCUUGCCCCCAACCUAUCCCACCAUUCUGACCCACAAACCUGUUCCUGCAGCCCCCUUCUCUGUUCUGUUCCUACUAAAAUCACUGCAACUACUGAUAUUACUACUGCUCCCGAUAAUGCCCAUGUUAAUCUCAAUGGCAGGAUAAACACUGAGUGUACAAAACCAUUAAGAACACCUUCCUAAUAUUGGGGUGGAACCCCACCCACCCCUUUCCCUAAGAACAGCCUCAAUUCAUGUUGACUCCAAUGCUUUCCACAGCUGUGUCAAGUUGGCUGGAUGUCCUUUGGGUGGUUGACCAGUAUUGAUACACACGGGAUAAACCAGCAGCGUUGCAGUUCUUGAC